AGGAGAAGGGGUUGAAGGGAGGGACAGUGAACAAGCAGGCAACGUGCACUCAGGUUUUUCUUUUCCCCCCUCUCUCUCUCUCUCUCUCUCUCUUACUAUUCCCCCUGCUUUUUAGCUCCACAGAUGGCAGGAAGUGCUUUCCUCUAUCGGACAAGCAUCAAGUUCUUUUUUGCCCUCUUGAUAUCUCCAUCUGUGAAGCUGUCUGUCUUGUCCCUAAUCUUUCUCUAGUCUUCCUUCCUUCAUUCAGCAUGGUGAACAGAUAAUUACCUGUCUGAGGGUCACCAUGGGCGCCUGCCUUUGCAAAGGUCAUCAAGAGAUUCAAAAUAGCCAACAGCAUCCCAUGGGAGAGCUCCAGUCUUGGACAGAAGGACAACCCAUUGCCAAGGGGAAUCAUCAGCCAUAUAAUGGCUCAGUGACAGAUAAGAAGAAUGGCAAUGGCUAUAACAUCGGGGAGCUGGCUACAUCGUCUCUGAUGGGUCUGGUUGCUACUAUUAAGGAGCACAUAACCAAGCCAACGGCGAUGGCGCAGGGACGGGUGGCCCACCUGAUCGAAUGGAAAGGUUGGGGUGGGGAGACAGCGGCUGGAGGAGGCUGGUGUGGCUGGAGUAGAGAUGGAGGAGGUUGGGGAGGAGCAGGGGCCACGCUGCAGGAGGACGAGCAGCUCUACUCCCAUCUGACCGAUGAGAUCAAGGAGGCACGCUUUGCUGCAGGGGUAGCUGAGCAGUUUGCCCUGGCUGAAGCAUCAAUGAAUGCAUGGCCUUCACCUGAGGUCACAGACCGAGCUCCAACAAGCACAAUCCAAUUACAAGGCCACGAGGGCCUGUAUCUCUCUCAGUUUCUCAUGGAUGGGGGAAGCUUGGGUGUCCCACACCACCUGUACAGCAUACACAUGGAGGCCAAUGCUGAAACCAGCUCUCUGAAUACUACACAGCCUCCUCAACCCUUCUUCUGUAGCUCUGUAUCUCAGCCGGAAUCACAGCACUACGUUCAGGAGCAGAGGACUUCACCGGCCGACGGCCCUGUACGACACGCGGACAGCAGCUCUGAGGACGAGGUCUUUUUUGAUUGAAAAAAACUGAAUGCCAGCCCACACAAGGAUAUGUGACUCUGUGAAGCUGGAAUAAAGUGGACAUAUGUCUUACCUCAUAUGACCUAGUCAAGGUUUAUAAAUGGUGGUAUGAGCUGUAAACUGUUUGUCUGUGUGGCAGCACCAGUGUUGAUCUACCUCUAAAGAGGUCAUUGCCUUACCCAGUAGAUGUAUAUAGUUCAUAUAAGUCUCCUUGCCAUAUCUUCAAGUGAUAUUUUUGAUGCAAGUGUCAGUUCAUACAGCUAUAAUGAUGGUGUCCUUUACCAGGAUGAAAUGCUAUUAACAGUCUGUAAUGACAGAUGUUUUAAAGGAACUGAGUCACGUCGAUGGCAAAAAAGAAAAAUGUCCUCAAAAUCCGCUAAUGCAUUUGAAAGUUGCUGUGGUUGAGACACAAGGGUCUGUGAUAUGCUCUCAUUUUGAAGCAGCACCUGUAAAUACCUGCUUAAAACCCCUUUCAGAUGAAUUUCCAUCUCAUCUAAAAGCAGAAAUCUGCCAGGGCUUUGCAGAUGGAUAUAAUGUGGACAUAAAAAGACUUGUUCUCUUUAAGCCUGGCUUCAUUCAGACUCUGAGAAACCCAGUAAAGAACGGCUCACAGAGAAUAUGGCACAAAAAGGCUUUUUGUGAGCGUGGCAGUUGAAGGAUGAAUACUGUUUAUGCCUCGUUGCAGAGAUGAAACCCAGGACUUUAAAGCAUUUGGAGAACUCUAAGACCUGUGUCUUUUUCUCCUCCCCAAAAAAGCUUAUCUGUGGAAAGCCUUGUUCACAUAUAGUCAAAGAUUAUAGAACAAAGAUUAUAGACAAAGAUUUCUUUGUGUAAAUUCUGACUUAUUCUUUGAAAAGAGAGAUAAACUCUUCUCAGAGAUCUAAAAAAAAGAAAAAAAAAGCUGCAUUCUAAGGUGAGAUGUGUUCUGUCAAAGCAGAGACUUGGAAUAACAAUGAUCCGCUUCCCCUUGUUGCCUAGUUGUUAUUCACUCAACCGAUAAAAGAGGUAGAGGAAAAGUAAGCAAGGGAGGGAGGGGUGUAGAACGAUGGUGAGAGAAAAGUGAGCGAUAUACACAGAAAGAGCGAAAGAGAGAGGAAACAGGUGGGAGUGAGAAAGGAAGGAGUGUGCAUGUGAGAAAACAGAGAUAGUGAGAGAGAGACAGACAGAGAGAGAGAGAGAGAUAGUUGGCGAGAUAAAUAGAGAGAGGUGACAGAAUAACAGCGUUUUAGUGUUAUCUGGUUCCACCAUCUUUUAAUAGAAGUUUAUGUAGCGUAAAUCGAUGCAUUGUGUUGUGGCGGCUUCUUUUGUGCUUCUGAAUAGGAUUUAAUCGAGCUGCAGACCUCAAGGUAUUGGACUUAAUUGAAAUCGUGAUGGCAAAAGGACUCUCAUUUCGUCCACUGACACAUUUUACAGAACAAAAGCCCAAAGAUAGAAUAGAUUUAAUAAUCAUAAGACAGUUGAACUAUAAGAAAUUAUAGGCAAGAAAGAAAGUUUAAGGUCAGACAGGAAAGAUAUCAGUAUUACAUUGUUAUAUGUUUUUUAUGAGUUUUCAUCAUUUUAACAUGGAAAAAAAAGUUAUACAACAUUCUUCUGGUAUUCACCAUCUUUGAUAACUACAAGCUCACAAGCUGUGACACAAUGCUAACAGAUAUUAAUAUGACAGAAAGCCACAAAACACUUGACACUGCUGUUAAAAGCUAAGUGUUGUGCUAGCCAUAUGGUGUCUCUUUCAGUAACUUACCAACAGAUCUGCAGGAAAUGGUGCUAUUUUAAAAGAUUUCUUUUUCUUGUUUCUGGCAUUUAAAAAACAUCUAACAGCUAUGUGUUAGCUAGCUAAAGUCACUUCAGUCAUUAUCUGUACUUAGCUCAGACUCAGCAUCUUUAUUUCCACACUGUCCAGUAAAUGACUACAAACUGGGUCGUUUUCAAGGUGUUUAUGAAAGGAUUUCACAUGAACAGUGCACUUCACUUAAAAAUCCAAGAAUCAAAAUGGACAGAAUUGUGAAUUUUGAACCCUAACCCUUGACACAUCUGAACAAGCACCUAAGGAAAAUUCCUGACCGCUUUAUUUUCUGCCCACUGUACAGAGUUUGCAACAAAAAAUAAUUGCUAAAGCCAUAGCCCUGGUUGUUUGCUAGCUUAUUGUUCUUGCUCAUAUUUCUCAGGUUUCUGCCAAGAGUUUAGUGUCCACUCGGAGAAGAUUUUGGUAUAUUGAUGAGCUAAUUGUGUGGCGUUUUUGACUUACACAAAUUGUGACAGAAUGUUGAUAUAUAUUUCUCAAUAUGAUGAAACCCAUGAAUGUUAUUUCUAGGAAAUCUCUUCUUAGUGAUUGAGGUACUUUGAGGUAUAUUCUUAACAGAUGUGUUUCAUUUUCUAGUCACUGAAUUGUUUUGUCCUGAUAAAAACGUACGUGUAAGUUAAAGACUUUAAUCGUUACCUACAGAUCUUAUGGUUGGUUUCAUAUAUACAUUAGUAUUGUAUGAGCAAUUUACAUUCUCCUGUCAUUAAUAAACACGAACUAGUAAUGGCAUUAAGCUGGGGAGCCAACAACAGACUAUAGUCAGCAAUGGAAUAAACAUUACAGUGUGCCUAAAAACAAAUAUUGUGCACAUCAAUUAACUAUUUAUGUGAAACAUGUAAUCCCAAUUAACAAACCAGCUACAUGUGACGACACUGAUACAUAAUUUGCGUAUGUUUUGCUACAGUUGGACUAGGUGUGUGCACAGUCUGGGAGUCAUCUCACAACUUUAACCAGGGAGCAUAUAAUUCUUUCUCUUUCCAAGCACAAAGCUGACAUGUUUUGUUUUUGUUUGAAACACAAGGUGUAGGUUGAGCUAUGGUCUCUCUGCAUUGUGUUCUCUAUGAACAUGUUGCCUACGUUCUAUCUUCAUUUUAGCGUCCGUUGAAGGGCACACUCAUUCAGCCAUAAACAAAAUCAGUGUUAUCAUUUCGUUUGUUAGGUUAGCCAGGAGUGCUCAUCCUAUAAGAGUGAUAGGUCGAAUGGUGCUCAGCGGCUGCUUCAUUUAAUUACACCUCCCUCAUCUCCUCCAUUAGAACUGGGUACACAUGGCUGAUUUUAAUAAAUCUUUAUCACUUAGCCUGCCCUCAGGCCUAUAAACAGAACACAUGAGUGAGACUCCUUAGUCAUGGCACCGAAUAAAGAGCUCCUACUGUCUCAGUUCCAGGAAGCAGCCUGCUGGCCAACAGCAAUCUCCACAGAUAAGCUUAUUUGCAUAUGGGUAAUUAGAGCUGUACAUGAACAUGAUCGUCACAACAAAUCAGCGCUUGAUGAAAUAUUUGAGGUCGUGAUUAGCGGAAAUUAUCCAUUUAAUGAGCUAUGAAGUGUUAGUAUAUGACGUAGUGCUCUUUGUUCGACUGGACAUCAGAUUUCCUUGGCCAGCUCUUCAAUCAUGUUCUUCAUCUAAAAGAAAUGCGCAACAAACAUUACUUUACUCUGCAUUACUCACAGGCUUGUUUUCUCAAUCAGCUGUGUUUUUGUUUGUGUCGUCAAGUGUGGUCAGUGUAAUUAGGUACUGUUUGUUCAUGAUGAAGCCUAUUUGUGUGCGUGUGUGUGUGUGUGUGUGUCUGGUUAUCAGACUAAACUCGUCACCUCUUUCCAUGUAAUGACACCAUGCAGCUUUCCCAUCUCUGUGACAAACACACACUGCUCUCUCAAAACACUCAUGAUGCAGUGGGCCUGGCAAAACACAUUCACAAAUGCAUGAUUAUUGAAUAGGAAACAGAAGGUCAUGAUUACGUCAUCAUACCCACUGCGAAGGCUAUAUGAAAUAUUGAUGCCUGAUACCUGCUUUACUGUAGUGUCAGGAGAAAGCUGCAGCUUAACAGGUUGAAUAGAGCACUCAUCCUCCAGGCUUUUGCACAAAUCCUAUAAGAUGGGUUUGAAAUGUGUGAAGUUCUUUUUAAUUUAUAGCUAUUUCAGCAUUUUACUGUAUUUAAGCUUUUGAGUCUUGUUUGGUUGACUACUAAGCCCUUGGCAGUUUAUUCCCAGGAUUAGCUUCUGAUGAAGUGCAGCGUCUGUGACGAAUUUACAAUCAACUGCAAAAAUAAAAUAAAAUAAAUAAAAUAAAAUAAAUAAAAUAAAAUAAAUAAA